AUGGAAGGUUCAAGCAAGAAAGGUUCAGGUUCGAAGAAAAAUCCCGUACGACACAAGGUGCGAGCGAAUCUUGGCGAGCCGGCGCGCUUUAGGUUGCAAGACGAACCCGACCAAGUCCCACAUUUUCAAACCCAACAAUUUCCACCCUUUCAAACCCAACAAUAUCCACCCUUUCAAUCACAAGCGUAUCAAAAUCAACCGUUCGUUCCACCGUUUCAACCUCACCAAUUUCAACCCCAAUCAUUUCCACACUUUCAAACCCAAUCCCACCAAGUCGACCCACUAGAAGAUAACACCCUCAUCCAUCAUUUUGCAUGUGCGUAUCGCGAACCACAACAAAAUCUCGAUGAUGAUGAUGAAGACGAGGAUGACGUUCAAGAAGAAGAAGAAGAAAACGAAGAAGAAGAAGACGAAGACGUACAACAAGUUGUCCCGCCAUCGGUUCGGGGGCAUUGGAGAACCAAGGAGGAGAUCGCCUUGGUCAAGGCGUACUUGCACACCUCCGAAAACAACAAAAUAUUCCAACGAGCAAAAAAAAAAGGAAAUGUUUUGGAGACGAGUCAUGCUUCAUUUUAG